AUGUCUAUCCCCCAGACUGCACGCGCUGCUGUUAUCGCCCAGCUCAAAGAGGAUUUGGUGCUCCGGAAUGACUAUCCUGUCAAGCAACCCGAGGCACUCGCUCCUGGCGAAUGCCUUAUCAAGCUAGAAUAUGCGGGGUGCUGCCACUCGGAUUUACACGCGAAGAACGGAGACUGGUUGCAGAAGCCUACUAUUCCUGUUGUCGCGGGCCACGAAGGAAUCGGACGCGUUGUUGCUAUUGGACCCAACCGCAGCGCAGACGCCAGUAUCAAAGUAGGCGAUAGGGUGGGCACGAAAUGGGUUGCGAAUACCUGCUCGAAAUGCGAACAGUGUUACCUCGGGAAUGAUGCUCUCUGCUCCGUGGCUGACACACAUUGCCAUGGGUUUCGACUGGACGGGACAUUCGCUGACUAUGCUGUGUCCUUCACUGACUACGUUACCCCAAUUCCGGAAGGGCUUCCGAGCGAUGAGGCGGCCCCCAUCUUAUGUGCCGGAUUGACUGUGUACAGGGCGUUGAAACAGACGAGGGCAAGAGUCGGACAUUGGGUAGCUAUUUCCGGGGCUGGCGGUGGACUAGGCCAUCUGGCUAUCCAAUAUGCUUUAGCUAUGGGACUACGCGUCAUAGCCAUUGAUACUGGCGACGAGAAGAGAGAUCUGUGCCUUGGACUAGGAGCCGAGAAGUUCAUUGACUUCAGGAAGGCUGAGAACCUUAUUGAGGAAGUCAUGCAAGCUGCAGACGGUCUUGGUCCACAUGCCGCCCUCCUGGCUGUUGGUGAUGCGAGGCCUUUCAAUCAAGCACUGAUGUAUUUGCGCAAAGCUGGGACGCUGGUUGCUGUUGGUAUGCCACCGGGAGCAGCCCUUUUAAACGUGCCUAUUCCCCUAUUGGUUGCCAAGGCACUUAAUAUCGUUGGAUCUGCAACUGGAAACCAGCAAGACACCCUUGAAGCACUCGAUCUCGCAGCCCGAGGCAAAGUGAAGUGCCAUUUCGAGGUCAAAGACCUGACAGAAGUCAACAAUGUUCUCGCCGAUAUGGAGGCAGGCCGGCUAACCGGUCGUGUUGUGUUUAAGAUCUGAGGUAGAAGAAGUUCUAUAUCCAAACUUGAAGCACCCUCAUGUGCCCUGAAAUCUAUGCGGUUUUCAUUUUAUCGCUUUUUGGGACAGCCUUUACCGUCCUUACCGCAUUUCCGAUACUUUCCCAGGUGAUCCGACGCACUCGAUCUUCUCCCGACGGUACCUACAGUGGCCCAACGGCACCAGUUUUUUCUCAAGUACACCUCGUUCUUGUCGAAAUUCCUGGCCCCUGAGCGCUGUCUGAGCGCCGAGCAACUAGCAACACGUCAAGUUUGCAAUCAAGUCGAGUAAGGACAUAUCUGUUGAAAGGAUUUC